CCUUGUUUGGAGGGAAAAACGACAACAGUCCAACACCGUCGACCGUUUUUAGCAUUUUUAAACUUUCAAACAUUUCACUAUUAUAUUCCCGUUCUCUUAGCCAUGGAAGACAAAGUUGUGUCAUCUUUAACAUAGAAAGACAUCAUCUUGAACCAGAAGUUCGCAAUAUUAUUGUGAGAGUGAGUCAUUGAGGACACCGUCAAGUGGAUAUCGCAGAGGCAGUUGGCGUUUCUCAGAGAUUCUGAGAGACUGGAAGUGCCAAUAGGAAGGUAGUGGUAGUGGAUCUAAGUGGAUCAAGGCAGGAAAGAAAUAUUAUCAUUGCUGCAACAAUUCCAUUGUGCCCGCCAGUCCUUAAUAAACUACAAGACCUUGCCAAAACAUCUUGUACUUCAUUUAGUUGGCAUCACAUGCAGUAACAGCCUGCCACCUGCAACUUAGGAGAAUAUGGUGCACCAAACUCCUAGAAGAGAACACUAAUUGGAAUGCUGUUAUGUUUACUGGAGAUGAGAAAACUACAAUUUCAGACAUAAGAUUACAACUGGCGUCCUGUCGUCAAAAAUAUUCUGCAAAAUGUCAAGAACUCUUGGACAAAUGCGCAACUUUAGGAAUCGAAACGUUUCUCAACUUCAAAACCGAAUCAAAUGGGUUGCUGCCGCCAAAAUGCAGCUGCAGUUUGUCAAACGUUGUAAAAGCUACUUCUAAGAAUAAGAAACGGAUGUUUUCAUGCUGUGUACAUAAAGACAAUACGUUCGUGAAUAGAGACACAGACUAUUUAUUUUUAAACAACAGGAACGAAAUGUUUGCAGCAAUUUACGAAAAGAAAGAUUACGCCUUUACAAAUGAUAUCUUCAAUGAAACGGAUCCUGAAUUGGAUUCCCUCAACAACGCAUACGAUCUGAUGAAUUUUUUAGACAAACAUUUUAAAAGUUAAUAAAUAACAUAAAUGAUCUUUUAUUUAAAUAUUUUUUUAUUAUAGGAAUAUUGUUUUACUCAUCAACUAGUAAUAGAAUGUAUUAAUAUAGUUUUAAUGUGACCAACAAAAAUUGAUAUAAAUAAAUUUGACAAAAAAAA